AUGGCACUGCAGAGUGGUGAAAAGAUACGCCGAUCGGGACUCAAACCCGAGACCUUCGCCGUGUUAAAGCGACGUCAUAACCACCUAGACCAUCAGCGCUGCGGCCCUCCGGCAUUUUCUUGGCCAAUCAAUGCGCAGACUUUGUAUAGGAACGGCCCUGCGCGACAAAAAAAAAGAGUUUUUUUCUCCUUUGACGCAAAAUAUCGGCGCCGCGCAAGCCCCACAAACCCAUUGAAUUGUUACAGAAACUCUUGCUGGACAAUAGGACAGAGAAACUACAGCUUAUCACCGCAAAAAGGGGGUUUUACAAAAUUCGAAAAUGCUUCCUAA